AUGGGCAGGCUAAGACUCCCAUGUGUUGUCCCCCAGAUUGUCUUCUACGAGGACAAGAAUUUCCAGGGCCGUCGCUAUGAGUGUGACAGCGACUGCUCCGAUUUCCACACCUACUUGAGCCGCUGCAACUCCAUCCGGGUGGAGAGCGGGGCCUGGGUGGUGUAUGAGAGGCCCAACUACAUGGGCUACCAGUAUGUCCUGACCAGGGGAGAGUACCCAGAGUACCAGCGCUGGAUGGGCCUCAACGACCGCCUCAGCUCCUGCAAGAUGAUCCACUUUACCAGUGGGACCCUGUACAAGAUGCAGCUGUAUGAGAAGGCAGACUUCGGGGGUCAGGUCUUCGAGGCCACAGAGGACUGUCCCUCACUUCUGGAGAAGUUCCGCUGGAGGGAGGUCAACUCCUGCAAAGUCUUUGAUGGCUGGUGGGUUUUCUAUGAGCACCCCAACUACCGCGGACGGCAAUACUUCCUGGAGAAGGGGGAAUACCGCAAGCCUGGCGACUGGGGUGCUGUUAGUCCCACGGUCCAGUCCUUCAGGCGCUUCACUGAAUGACUUAACCUCCA